GCUACUCACUGGGGCACAGAGGGGCUGCUGAGAUGGAGUCACAAGACUGCUACAGAAAUGGUCUAUGCUGAGGCCAUCGUAAAAGUGGGCAGAAUUACUUUUGGAGAAGAAAACAGGUGGAAGAUGAACAAUGGCUCUUUGAAGAGAACUGAAAAUUCAAAAAUCAUCCAGGCUAUCUGUGCACUGCUAAAUUCUGGAGGUGGUAUGAUCAAAGCAGAGAUUGAUGGUAAAACCUGUAGUUACCAAUGCCAUGGGCUGGGGCAGGAUUUGGAAACUUUGUUUCUGCCUCUGCCUUCAGGUUCAAAGAAAUACCUUGUCUACAUGCAGCAGGGACAUGAUUUCCUGAUUUUUGUAAAGUCAUGGAGUCCAGAUGUUUUCAGCUUCCCAUUGAGGAUUUUCAGCUUGCAUUCCAAUCUGUAUCAGAGUGAUGUAACCUCUGCUAUCAACUUGAGUGCCAGUAGUGCCCUGGAGCUUCUAAGACAGAAGGCAUGUAGAGCCCAAAGAGGAAGACCAAAGUUGUAUCCUCAGAAAGUUCUCAAAAUAUAUGUCCAGGAAGAGGAAGAUAUAAAGAUGUGUGCUUUGUAGUUUUUUAAAAAGGAUAAACUUACAUAUAAGGAGAAGCUCAACUUUACAGAAUCAAUACAUGUUGAGUUUAAAAGGUUCACUACCAAAAAGGUGCUACCUCGGAUUAAAGAGAUGCUGCCUCAUUAUGUCUCUGUUUUUGCCAACACUCAAGGGGGGUACAUAAUUAUUGGGGUUGAUGACAAGAGCAAAGAAGUGUUUGGCUGUAAGAGAGAAAAAGUGAACCCUGAUUUAUUUAAAAAAGAAAUAGAAAACUGCAUAGAAAAUUUGCCUACAGUCCACUUCUGUUGCGAGAAGCCCAAGGUGAAUUUCACUACCAAAAUCUUGAACGUGUACCAAAAAGAUGCCGUGUAUGGUUAUGUCUGCGUGGUUCAGGUAGAGCCCUUCUGUUGUGCGGUGUUUGCAGAGGCCCCAAAUUCCUGAAUCAUGAGGGACAAAUCUGUCACCAGGCUGACCGCUGAGCAGUGGGUGGUCAUGAUGCUGGACACUUACAGUGAUCCUCCUAUUCUGGCCAUGGAUUAUAGUGCUCAUCCGCUUUUAUCAGCUUCACCUUCACUGAGAAGCCCAGCAUACCCCGUAAAAGCCCUAGAAUUUAAGAGGGCUCUGCAACAAUGUUUGUUUCCAGUGACACAGGAAUAAAUACAUUUUAAGCCAGAAUCCCUGUGUAAGAAGCUAUUCUCAGAUCAUAAGGAACUGUAGGAAUUAAUGAAGAUGCAGAUACAUCCUUGUUCUCAGGGGAUUGUGAUAUUUUCUAGAAGCUGGGCUGGUGAUAUUGGCUUAAGGAGAGAGCAGAAAGUUCUGUGUGAUGCCCUCCUGAUAGCAGUUAACAGCUCUCUGGUACUCUACACCAUCCUAAUAGACCCCAGUUGGACUGGAGGACUUGGAUAUUCCCGAGACACUGCAUUUCAGCUAAAGCAGAAACUGCAAAGUGUUGGUGGUUACACUGGGAAGGUGUAUGUCAUUCCAAGGCUGGUGCACCUGACCAGCACACAGUGCAGACCUGAGGAAAAUCUUGUGCACUACCCCCAGUCUUACAGCCUUGCCAGUGAGGAUAAGAUGGAGUACUUGUUACAAGCUCUUGUGGUCAUCUUGCUAUGGUCUCAGUCUCUUCUGAGUGACCAGCUGGGUUGUGAGUUUUUCAACCUGCUUUUAGCGGAGCAGUGUGAACUGCUGUCCAAGAGCCUUCAGGAAGCCCGGGAACUCUUCAUCCACUGCUUACCAAGAACCAGAACAGUGCUAGCCAUCAAGAUCAUGGAGAAAAUUAAGUACUUGUUCUGUUGCAAACCAAAAGAGAUUCUCUAUGUCUGUGAAAGGGACUCCUUAUGGGAUUUUGUGAUGUAAGAGUUUUAUCAUCUAAACUUCAAAAAAUUACUUAGUUUUUUCAAUAAUGCCAUGAAAGUAACUUGCAUUUUCAGUUGGUACAUUGUGCCUC